AUGUCGACUGCAAGGCACGCCACGUUGGAUCUGGAUCGGAUGCGGACUGGAGCGCGGGAGUUCUGGACUCCGAUGGAGUUUCCCCGGGAUUGUAGGGGUCCGGGAUGGAUUCAUUUGGAGGUCUGGCGUGAUGUUGGGUUCUUUUUCUUCACCAUGUCCGACGAAAAUGUCAGUGAGAAGCAGGAGACCUCGACAGCUGAGGUGCUGCGUCGCAUCCAGACAGCCGAGAGUGUCUUGCUCCCAAUUCCCCGGGAUGCAUUCGAGAAGCUCUAUCUGAGCCCCAAGACACCGACUGCAGGAAAUCUUCGCCGUACCUUUGGUAACCCGACUCCGAUUUCCCUGCUGGGUUUCUUGCUCGCGGCGACACCAGCUGCUAUGCUCACAAUGGGCUGGCGAGGCUCCGGCGGUAACGGUGGUGCUAUUCUUCCAGUGUAUAUUUUCUUUGGUGGCAUGGUACAAAUCUUCGGCGCCGUGGGCGAAUGGAUUAUCGGAAAUACAUUUUCGUGCGCAUUGUUCUUCACAUAUGGGACCUUCUGGAUCGUCCAAGGCACAUCCAACAUGCCAUUUUAUGCCGUCGGAGCGAAUUAUUCUCCAACCGGGAAUACCCUCGAGGGCAUUGAGACGCCCGAAUAUAAUGCAACCGUUGGACUAUACUAUGUGACGCUUGCUGUUCUCACAUUCGUGUACCUUAUCUGCUCCAUUCGUACAAACGUCUGUUUGUUUCUGGCAUUGUUCUUGCUGGUGAUUACUUUCGCGUUGACCGCAGGUGUCUUCUUCCAAACGGCGCUUGGGCAUGCUGCCGAAGCAGCGAAAUUGCAAAAGGCGGCCGGUGCUUUUAAUUUUGCUUUGUGUAUACCGAUUUGGCAUAUCUUUAUUGCGCAGAUUCUGGACGCAGUCGACUUCCCGAUUACUCUGCCAGUUGGGGACCUGAGUACGGUUAUACUGGGGAAAACCCAGAAGGCUCGCAAGCGGGAUGUGGAGUAG